AUGACAGGUACAAAAAGAAAUGGUGAAGAAGUUGUAAAUGAAAACAACAACAACAACGUUGCAGAAGAAACCAACAAAAAAGCUAAAGUUGACGAAUCUUCAACUGAAACCACUGAAUCUACCAGUUGUUCAUUAUUAUCAAGAUGUGAAAAAUUAGAUAUCGUUAGAAAGGAAUUAGAUGUUAAACCAUGGGAUCAAGGAAAAGUUACAAUUCAAGAAUUAAUCACUUCUUUACUUGAUAAAACUGAUAGAGAUGCAUUCUUUGUUGCUGAUGUCGGUGUUAUUAUUAAACAAUGGCAAAAAUGGGUUAAAAAUUUACCAAAUGUUAAACCAUAUUAUGCAGUUAAAUGUAAUCCAACCGUUGGUGUUUUAAGAGUUUUAGAUGCUUUAGGUACAAAUUAUGAUUGCGCAAGUAGAACUGAAAUUGAAUCAGUUUUAAAUUUAGGUGUUGAUCCAAGUCGUAUUAUUUAUGCUAAUCCAUGUAAACAAAUCUCUGCUCUUAAAUUUGCAAGAGCACAUAAUGUUAAAUUAAUGACAUUUGAUAAUCUUAGUGAAUUAGAAAAAAUUGAAAAGUUUUUCCCAGAAGCAGAAUUAGUAUUAAGAAUUGCACCAGAUGAUUCAAAAUCUGUUAUGAGAUUUGGUUCUAAAUUUGGUGUUCAUAUUGAUGAUUGUAACGAUUUGUUAGAGAUGGCAAAGGAAAUGAACCUCAAGGUUGUUGGUGUUAGUUUCCAUGUUGGUAGUGGAUGUCAAAGUGGUGAUUCAUACGCUGAUGCUCUCAUUAUGGUAAAGAGUGUCUUUGAUAUGGCAAAGAAAUUAAAUAUGGAAUUAACAUUGGUCGAUGUUGGUGGUGGUUUCACUGGUUCAGAUGACGAGAAAUUCAAUGCAUUCACAAAGGUUAUUCGUGAGAAAACCGCUGAACUCUUCUCACCAAAUGUUAAAAUUAUCGCCGAGCCAGGUCGUUACUUUGCAGCUCAAUCCCAUACACUCGCCGUCACUGUUAUUUCAAAACGUUCAAUCAAACAAGAAGAUAACAGACAACAUCCACGUCGUACCUCAAAUAAUAUGAGACAAUACAAUUACUAUUUGGCCGACGGUGUUUAUGGUUCAUUCAAUAACACUAAAUUCGAUUAUGCUAAAGUUGAACCUUUAUUAUUGAAACCUUCAACUAAACAACCAACUCCAUGCACUCUCUUUGGUCCAACUUGUGAUUCAAUCGAUGUGGUUCUUAAAGAUACCCAAAUUCCAGAACUUAAAAUUGGUGACUGGCUUUACUUCCAAGAUAUGGGUGCUUACACUAUCGCUUCAUCUUCUUCUUUCAAUGGUUUCUGUCCACCACCAGUUUAUUAUUACAAUAGUAUCCCAGAAGAAGAAUUAAAAAAUUUAUAA